AUGUUUGACAUCUUCGCCAAGUUGCUCUCCUCCAUCGCAUCCAUUCUCUUCCCACUCUUCGCCAGCUACAAGGCCCUCAAGACCUCGGAUCCGGCCCAGUUGACACCAUGGCUUAUGUAUUGGGUCGUCCUCGCCUGCGUGCUCCUCGUUGAGUCGUGGACCGAGUGGUUCCUGGUUUGGAUACCCUUCUACGCUUACAUUCGCCUCCUCUUCCUCCUCUACCUCGUGCUCCCGCAGACCCAAGGCGCACGCCUGAUCUACGAGGAAUACGUCCACCCGCGCCUCGAAGAAAACGAGACGGCCAUUGAGGAAUUCAUCGCCUCCGCCCACGAGCGCCUCCGCAGCGCGGGAAUCGCCUACCUCAAGCGCGCCAUCGAGCUGCUGAAGACCAACGUUCUCGGCCUGCCGCCCUCGCAGCCCGAACCAGCGCCCGAGCCGCAGACCGCGCAGUCGUACACCCAGGCCCUCCUCGCGCGCUUCACCCUCCCCUCCCCGCGAUGGAGCGCCAAGACUACUGCUGCCCCGGGGACCAGCACCGCCCAAGCAAGCCAGGGCGGCGGCCUCACAGCCGAUUUCUACAACCUGCUCGCCUCCGCCGUCAGCGCUGCCGCCUCCGCCGCCACCUCUACCCCCUUUGAUACCAAACACGCCCCAACCCCGUCCUCAGGCCCUGCUCGCGCAGGGAGCGUCCUCCCUGAGACCCUCCGCGCCGCCACCCCCGCCGCGCGCAUGUCCUUCAUCCAGGCCCAGCGCGAGCGCCUGCGCGUCGUCCUGUCCGCCCUGGACCGCGAGGAGGCGGAGGAGGUCACGCGCCAGCGCCAACAGACGCAGGCGCAAGAGCCGUGGCUCGCGCCAGGCUCGGGUGCAGCGGAUAUCGGAGGGGCCAAGCGCAGGUCGUCGGCCAGCGAGCAGAGCGCGGCCAGCGGGCUGAGCAAGAGCCGAUCGGAGGGGGAUUUUGAGAAGCUGGAGGCCGGCAGCGGGGCGGAGGAGGAGAUGGAUCUUGAUGAGGACGACGGGCCCGGUGUGCGGAGGAGGCCGGUGUCAGGGGCAGCCGGGGGCUGGAUGCCGUGGAGUUGGGGCGCCGGCGGGAGUGCUGAUGUGGGCAGGAGUUCGGGGGUGGAUAACUGA